GGCUGGAGUCGGUGCCCGGCGCUCAAGGUUCCCCGGACCGCGGGCGGCAGAGCAGGCCUGGGGCAGCGGGGUUUACUUUAGGACGAGCGGCUUUGAACCUCUGCGCCCGUCUCCGCCGGCAGGUGCGGCCUCCAGGCCUGUCGCUGGGUGCUCGGGCCUGCGAGUGUGGGGACCGCCCUGAGGUCCCUUCCCGAGCGACGUCCGGGACCUCGUCCAGGGCCUCCCAGGAAAGAAGGGUCUAAAAUAGAGAAAGUUGCUAACCCUUAUUGAGAGGACUAGGCUCUCUUACCUUCGAGGAUCGCUUACCCCGCACUUGGACCGUGAGAGAGACACCAUUGUGUAGUUUGAAUCAGGAAUGAAAUCUUCUGAAAGCUGAGAGCAGAAGCCUUCUUGGUCAACAUGGAAGACAAAAGACGGCGAGCCCGAGUGCAGGGAGCCUGGGCUGGCCCUGCUAAGAGCCAGGCCAUUGCUCAGCCAGGUCCCACUGCUGAGAAGCAUCUCCAACAGAGACCUGGUCAAACCUGGAGGAACCAGGAGCAUCAUCUGUCUGACAGACAGUUUGUGUUCAGAGAACCCCAGGAGGUGGUACGCAGAGCCCCAGAGCCACGAGUGAUCGAUAAAGAGGGUGUGUAUGAAAUCAGCGUGUCACCCACAGGCGUAUCUAGGGUGUGUUUGUAUCCUGGCUUUGUUGACUUAAAAGAAGCCGACUCAGUAUUUGAGCAGCUUUGUCAGGAUGUUCCCUGGAAACAGAGGACUGGCAUCAGAGAGCAUGUAACUUACCAGCAACCAAGACUUACAGCAUGGUAUGGAGAACUUCCUUACACUUAUUCAAGAAUCACUUUGGAACCAAAUCCUCACUGGCAUCCUGUGCUGCUCAUGCUGAAGAACCAAAUCGAAGAGAACACCGGCCACGCCUUCAACUCCUUGCUCUGCAGCCUCUACCGGGACGAGAAGGACGGCGUGGACUGGCAUAGCGAUGACGAGCCUGCGCUGGGGCGGCGCCCCGUCAUCGCGUCGCUCAGCUUUGGCGCCACACGCACGUUUGAGAUGAGGAAGAGGCCCCCGCCAUAUCUUGAUCACACAAGCAAAAAAAAUCAGUGCAGUGAAUGCUGUUUUCUAGGAAGAGAAUGGAGACUACACGUAUGUGGAGAGAGUGAAGUUACCCUUGGGUCACGGGACCUUGUUACUCAUGGAAGGAGCCACCCAAGCAGACUGGCAGCAUCGAGUGCCCAAGGAGUACCACUCUAGAGAACCAAGAAUAAACUUGACCUUUCGGACAGUUUAUCCUGACCCUUGAGGGGCGCACUGGUGAUGUGAGGUCUUGGAGAGGGAAGCUGUGCUGAGACUGAGCAAACCUUCCACCAUGAAGAAACUUCUGGAGACUGGUCCAGCUGCUCUCAUGGUGUGGCUGUUUGGAAGAUGUGGAUGGGAUUUGCUUCCCAGCUUGGAGUCCUAAUAGAUGACAGCCUGCAGUUCAUGUUUGUAAUAUGUUUACUGUGGGAACAGUAAUCCCUAAUCUUGUUUUGAAAUCACGUAUUUUCUUUAGGCAAAUUAAAAACUGCUGUGGCUGUGUUCACAGAUGAUUUUGUCCAUAAGCAGUUUUUUUUCUGCCCUCUCCCGCUUCAUUCGAAGAAAUAUGAAUGGCCUUUGCCUCCGGGGUAAAUCCACACGUGUUUGUUCCUUGUUCCUUUAGCAAAGUGGAGAUAUAAAUAUGAGUCAGUGGCUCUGGAGCCUUCCGUAGGCAGACAGCUGCUAAAACCCAAACAGAGCUUUGUUGAAGUCUGCCCUGACUCCUGAACAACUUGGCUUGUGUGCUAUUGUAAUGCAAAACUGCAUAUUCUGGGAGCACUUUAUUUAUUUAACUGAGUCUCCUUGCCUGUCCAUCUUCCCAGGAUAUGCUCAGACAGGUUACAGGCCUCUGAAUAAAGAGCGGAGGUGGUAUCCUCCAGUGCCUCUCCAAGCAGCCACCUGGACUACUUGAAAUACAAGAGAAAACUGUCCCCCCUCAAAGGGAGGAAGAAUUGAGUGAUGUCAUGAGAAAUUUCGGCUGAAGAGCAGCAAAUGCCCCGCUCGUGGCAGCUGUUCUACAUAGCUUAGUUCCCCCUGGAGAAUGACCUGAGUCAUUUAAACCCUAGCCAGAUAGGAGCGGGAGCAGUCCUACAGGGAAUAGACUCAGUUACCCAACAGUCCUGUUCACUUCAGAGUUCAGUAGCCCUAUGACUAAAGGCUUGCUUCUGACUCAGUGUUUUCUUCUACACAUGUUCCCGAGAUGAAAGGGUUAGUCUCUGAUGCCACCAGGGCUCCCAAAGCAGACAGAGCGACUGCCCCUGGUUGCAUCAUAAAAGGCUCGUGUCUUCCUGACCCCUUGACGUAGGAGCAGCAUAUGCCCAUUCCAAACCAAGACAGGGAAACCCGGAGAGAAAGAGAAUGGAUUUAAAUGGAUGAAAGUAGGGCGAGAGAGUUCCAGUUUCCCUUAGCUCCCUGUGGGGAAAAUUUACCGAGCCUUCUUGCUUUUGAUCUUGUUUCCAUUCCAUGCUGUAAGAUUGAUGAUCUCCAUGAUCACAGUAAAAUGCCAAAGGCUGGGCAGGCCCUUCCCCGGAAGGUAGCUGAAUGCCAUGCCUGGCCAGGCGCCGUUCUCUGACAAGCUCUGUAGCUUCUUGAACCAGAGUCUCUUUCUUUUAAAUGCCGUUGCCUGUGUGUUGCUCCUUUCUCUAAGAAAUGCUAAAUGCUUUAUGAAAUCUGAACAUCAUACUGACUGAGCCUUCCCGUGAGGGAGGUACAAAUCACCGUAACUACAAAGUGAAACCGAUUU